CUCCCUCUGGUGACGUGCCAGCUCUUUGGUCAGACUCCUCUGCCCUCCUCUAGCCUCCCUGUCUACCCUGGCAGAUCCAUGCUGCUGGAUGCUCCUCACAGAGCCACACCCGCACCAUGAGCGCCAACGGGCCCGCCCCAGACCCAGCCCCUGCUGCGGCCCCAGAGGCCCCUCCCCCCGUGACCCCUGCCCCUGCACCGGCCCCCGCUGCGGCCCCUACCCCGGCCCCAGCAGCUCCUGCUGCACCACCCGCUCCUCCUGUACUGCCCGCCCAAACGUCCACCACCAUCCCGGUAGGUGCUUUGGCACAGAAGAAGCGGGCACAGUAUGCCAAAAGCAAGAAACAAGGCAGCAACGCCAACAGCAGGCCAGCCAGGGCUCUGUUCUGCCUAAAACUUAACAACCCCAUACGCAGGGCUUGCAUCAGCCUGGUGGAGUGGAAGCCAUUUGAUAUCUUUAUAUUAAUUGCUAUUUUUGCCAAUUGUAUGGCUCUAGCUGUCUAUAUCCCCUUUCCUGAAGAUGAUUCCAACUCCAUAAACCACGACCUGGAAACAGUUGAGUAUGCCUUCCUCAUCAUUUUCACAAUUGAGACCUUUCUGAAGAUCAUCGCUUACGGUUUGGUGAUGCACCAGAACGCGUAUGUGCGGAACGGUUGGAACAUGCUGGAUUUCGUCAUUGUCGUCAUAGGACUCUUCAGUGUUGUCUUGGAGCUUUUGACCAAAGAGGAGAAGAUAGAAAUUGAAGGGGACAUUAACCAUCCGUCAAUGCAUGGUCAUGGUGGAAAACCAGGUGGAUUUGAUGUUAAAGCCCUUCGAGCCUUCCGUGUGCUGCGACCCCUGCGGCUGGUCUCAGGAGUACCCAGUUUACAGGUGGUGUUGAACUCCAUCAUUAAAGCCAUGGUCCCUCUUCUCCACAUUGCCCUCCUGGUCUUGUUUGUCAUUAUCAUCUAUGCUAUUAUCGGCCUGGAGCUGUUCAUCGGCAAAAUGCACGCAACCUGCUAUCUUCCUGGUUCAGACACGUUAGCAGAGGACGAACAAGCUCCAUGUGCGAUCUCAGGGCACGGACGCCAAUGCCCUAUCAAUGGCAGUGAGUGCAGGGAAGGCUGGCAAGGUCCCAAUGGUGGCAUUACCAACUUUGACAACUUCCUGUUUGCUAUGCUGACGGUGUUUCAGUGCAUCACCAUGGAGGGCUGGACGGACGUGCUGUACUGGAUGAAUGACGCUAUGGGCUUUGAGCUUCCAUGGGUGUACUUUGUCAGUCUUGUGAUCUUCGGCUCGUUUUUCGUGCUUAACCUGGUUUUGGGUGUGUUGAGCGGAGAGUUCUCCAAGGAGAGAGAGAAGGCAAAAGCUCGAGGAGACUUCCAAAAGCUGCGUGAGAAGCAGCAACUGGAGGAGGAUCUGAAGGGUUACCUUGACUGGAUCACUCAGGCCGAGGACAUCGACCCCGACAAUGAAGACGAGGCCGAGGAGGAGAGCAAACGCAACCCAAGCGUUCCAGCCAGUGAAACAGAAUCUGUGAACACUGAGAAUCAAGCCGAGGUGGAUGAAAAGACUCCAUGUUGCGGGCCUCUGUGUCAAAAGAUUUCAAAGUCAAAGUUCAGUCGGCGCUGGCGCCGCUGGAACAGGUUCUGCCGCAGGAAGUGCCGGUUGGCUGUCAAAUCGGUGCCUUUCUAUUGGCUGGUCAUCAUCCUGGUGUUCCUGAACACUCUGACCAUUUCAUCAGAGCAUUAUAACCAGCCUAUGUGGCUGACACAAGUGCAGGAUGUGGCCAACAAGGUGCUGCUGGCCCUGUUCACAUGUGAAAUGUUGGUGAAGAUGUACAGCCUCGGACUUCAGGCCUAUUUUGUUUCACUGUUUAACCGCUUCGACUGCUUUGUGGUGUGUGGAGGCAUCACAGAAACCAUUCUAGUCGAGCUGGAAAUCAUGUCUCCCCUCGGUAUCUCUGUGUUCCGCUGCGUCCGCCUGCUGAGGAUCUUCAAGGUCACACGUCACUGGCAGUCACUGAGUAACCUGGUGGCAUCUCUGCUCAACUCUAUGAAGUCUAUCGCAUCCCUGCUGCUGCUGCUCUUCCUCUUCAUUAUCAUCUUCUCCCUGCUGGGCAUGCAGGUGUUUGGUGGAAAGUUCAACUUUGACGAGACCCAGACCAAGAGGAGUACCUUUGACAACUUUCCCCAAGCUCUUCUGACUGUGUUUCAGAUCCUGACAGGAGAAGACUGGAACGCCGUUAUGUACGACGGGAUCAUGGCGUACGGAGGUCCUUCUUCCUCUGGAAUGAUCGUGUGCUUUUACUUCAUCAUCCUCUUCAUCUGCGGGAACUAUAUCCUCCUGAAUGUCUUCUUGGCUAUUGCUGUGGACAACUUGGCAGACGCCGAAUCGCUCAACACAGACGAAGGAGACAAGAAAGGGUGACUGUGAAAAAAUAUUGUUUUGACUGAAGAGGAGGAGAACGACGAAGCUGCGGCUGAGGAGGAGGAUCCAGAGGUUCCGUCGGGGCCUCGGCCGGUCAUCUCUGAUCUGGUCAAGAAGGAGAAGAUCACUCCGAUCCCUGAGGGAAGUGCCUUCUUCAUCUUCAGCAGCACAAACCCGUUCCGUGUGUUUUGCCACAAGCUCAUUAAUCAUCACAUUUUCACCAACCUCAUCCUGGUGUUCAUCAUGCUCAGCUCUGUCUCUCUGGCUGCUGAGGAUCCAAUUAGAAACUUCUCCGCUCGCAAUAUUGUCCUAGGCUAUGCAGAUUAUGUCUUCACUAGUAUGUUUACAUUUGAGAUCAUAUUGAAGAUGACGACAUAUGGCGCCUUUCUCCAUAAAGGAGCAUUCUGUAGAAAUUACUUUAACCUCCUGGAUCUGCUGGUGGUGGGAGUUUCCCUCGUUUCCUUUGGCAUCCAGUCUUCUGCCAUCUCAGUGGUGAAGAUUCUUAGGGUUCUUCGUGUUCUUCGACCCCUGAGGGCCAUAAACCGAGCCAAAGGCCUCAAGCACGUGGUGCAGUGUGUGUUUGUGGCCAUCAGAACGAUCGGUAACAUCAUGAUCGUCACCACUCUGCUCCAGUUCAUGUUCGCCUGUAUAGGAGUGCAGCUGUUUAAGGGAAAAUUCUACCGCUGCACCGAUGAAGCAAAGUCCAGCCCAGAAGAGUGCAAAGGCACCUACAUCCUUUAUAAGGAGGGAGAUGUGAACCAGCCUACCAUCCACAAAAGGCUGUGGCACAACAGUGACUUCAACUUUGACAAUGUCCUCAUGGCUAUGAUGGCUCUGUUCACAGUGUCCACUUUUGAAGGCUGGCCUGCGUUGCUUUACAAGGCUAUCGACUCCAACAGGGAGAACCUUGGCCCCAUUUACAACUACCGUGUGGAGAUCUCCAUCUUCUUCAUCAUCUACAUCAUCAUCAUUGCUUUCUUUAUGAUGAACAUCUUUGUAGGUUUUGUGAUCGUCACAUUUCAGGAACAAGGAGAAAAAGAGUACAAAAACUGUGAGCUGGACAAGAACCAGCGUCAGUGUGUGGAGUACGCUCUUAAGGCCCGUCCGCUGAGAAGGUACAUCCCCAAGAACCCGUACCAGUACAAGUUCUGGUAUGUGGUGAAUUCCACAGGGUUUGAGUACAUCAUGUUCGUGCUCAUCAUGCUCAACACACUCUGCCUGGCUGUACAGCACUACGGACAGUCAGCACUCUUUAACUAUGUCAUGGAUAUUCUUAACAUGGUCUUUACCGCUGUCUUCACCGUGGAGAUGGUUCUGAAACUCAUCGCAUUCAAACCCAGGCACUAUUUCGCUGAUGCUUGGAACACAUUUGAUGCCUUAAUUGUUGUUGGUAGCGUCGUCGAUAUCGCUAUCACUGAAGUUAAUAACACUGAGGACAGCGCUCGCAUUUCCAUCACCUUCUUUCGUCUGUUUCGAGUCAUGCGGCUGGUGAAACUGCUCAGCAGAGGGGAGGGCAUUCGCACCCUGCUUUGGACCUUCAUCAAGUCCUUCCAGGCUCUGCCGUAUGUUGCUCUUCUGAUAGCCAUGCUGUUUUUCAUCUACGCCGUCAUUGGCAUGCAGGUGUUUGGCAAGGUUGCCAUGGUGGAUGGUACACACAUCAACAGAAACAACAACUUCCAGACCUUUCCUCAGGCUGUGCUCCUUCUCUUCAGAUGUGCUACUGGAGAGGCGUGGCAGGAGAUCAUGCUGGCAUGUAUGCCGGGGAAACUGUGUGAUCCUGAGUCAGACUACAACCCAGGGGAGGAGAUGACGUGUGGCAGUGGAUUUGCAAUCAUUUACUUCAUCACCUUCUACAUGCUCUGCGCCUUCUUGAUUAUAAACUUGUUUGUGGCCGUCAUCAUGGACAACUUUGACUAUCUAACACGUGAUUGGUCCAUCCUUGGUCCUCACCACCUUGAUGAAUUCAAGAGAAUUUGGUCAGAGUACGACCCAGAAGCAAAAGGACGAAUUAAGCAUCUGGAUGUUGUGACCCUCCUACGUCGAAUCCAGCCUCCUCUUGGUUUCGGCAAACUGUGCCCUCACAGAGUCGCUUGCAAGAGGCUGGUAGCCAUGAACAUGCCUCUGAACAGUGAUGGCACUGUAAUGUUUAACGCCACCUUGUUUGCACUGGUGCGCACCGCCCUGAAGAUCAAAACUGACGGUAAUCUAGAGCAGGCAAACGAAGAGCUGCGAGCAGUCAUCAAGAAGAUCUGGAAGAGAACCAGCAUGAAGCUGCUGGAUCAAGUGGUGCCCCCUGCUGGUGAUGAUGAGGUAACCGUGGGGAAGUUCUAUGCCACCUUCCUGAUACAGGACUACUUUAGGAAAUUCAAGAAACGUAAAGAGGAAGGCCUGGUCGGUGCUCACCCAACCCAGAACAACACAGCCAUCGCCUUACAGGCUGGCCUUCGCACACUGCAUGAUAUUGGGCCCGAAAUUCGCCGAGCGAUAUCAUGUGACCUGCAAGAUGACGAGCUAGUAGACUUUAUUCCAGAGGAAGACGAGGAAAUUUAUAGGCGUAACGGGGGACUCUUCGGAAACCAUCUCAUGAACGGUGGUCAUCGGAGAUCCAACGGCCAUCAGACCAACGCUACACAGAGACCUCUCCAGGUGCAGCCUCCGCCUCACUACGCCCACAUGGACCAGCCAGUGGGACGUCUUUCCAGAGCCAACGCCAUGUCCCACCACAACCACCAUCGUCACCACCACCACCAUCACCACCGACACCACAACUCCUACGGCAAGUCUCCCAAAUCCACUAACAUCAACCUCAACAACGCCAACGUCUCCAGCCUGCCCAAUGGAGGACACCAUCGUUACUAUGAACACGCUCCUCCUAAUGGUUACCCAGGCCAUCGCAGCUCCUACUACGACUAUGAGAAGCCCCAAACGCCGCAGGGUCAAAGAAGGCGCUACUAUGAGACCUAUGUUAGGUCCCGUGGAGUGGAUGGACGCCACCCCACUAUCCGCAGAGAGGAGGAGUUUGAUGAAGACCGCUUGUCUGGGGAGUAUUACAGCGGGGAGGAGUUUUAUGAAGAUGACAGUAUGCUGUCAGGGGACAGGUAUCAGAACAGUGACACAGAGUAUGAGACUCCCAAAGGUUACCAUCACCCUGACAGUUACUACGAGGAUGAUGAGCAGCCACUGUACCGUGACUCACGGAGGUCACCAAAGAGACGGUUGCUUCCUGCAACACCUCAAGGUAACAGGAGGCCGUCCUUCAACUUUGAGUGUCUGCGCAGACAGAGUAGCCAGGACGAGCUUCCACAUCAGCGUACUGCUCUACCACUGCACCUCAUGCAGCACCAGGUAAUGGCUGUAGCAGGCCUAGACUCCAGCAGAGCCCAUCGCCUCUCCCCAACCCGCUCUACCCGCUCCUGGGCCACGCCCCCUGCUACCCCGGCCAGUAAAGACCAGUCUCCGUACUACACACCUCUCAUCAGAGUGGACCACCCACACAGGGGCAGUGUUGCCAGCAGCCAGGUGUCGGUACGCAAAAGCUCAUGGUACACGGACGACCCUGAGUUUUCCCAGAGAACAUACUCACCGGUCCAUCUACAGGUGCCACCCGAGUACCACAACCAGUACCACCAGAAGAGAGGCAGCGCCACCAGCCUUGUGGAAGCGGUUUUGAUAUCAGAAGGGCUUGGGCGAUACGCCAAGGACCCAAAGUUCGUCGCUGCCACAAAGCAUGAGAUAGCAGACGCCUGUGAGAUGACGAUAGACGAGAUGGAGAGUGCAGCCAGUCACCUGCUUAAUGGAGGGAUUGCCCCGUGUGUCAAUGGGGUCAACGUGUUCCCCAUACUGACGCCUCGGGACUAUGAACUGCAGGACACGGCAGCCAGUUACAGUGACGAGGAGCCAGAGACAGAACCGAGAGCUCUUUAUGAGGAGGACCUGGCAGAUGAGAUGAUCUGCAUCACGACUUUAUAGCAGUUGCUGGAGAAAUCUGCAAUUUAGAACCACUAUAUCGAUGAAAAUUAAAAGAAAAAAAAGAAAAACAAAAAAGAAAUGCAUCUGUUGGCUCUGACCAAAAGAAGUGCCUUUAACAGUGAAGAGAAAAAGGCAUGAAGAAGAGAGACACAACAGUCCUGCUCUUUUAAUUGUUCUCCACCUGCCAGCGAAUGAGGUCACGGCACAGAGCCAGACACCACCUCGCUGAGUGCAGACGGACUGACUGCACCUUCCAAAGGCUGUGACACACAGCGUCAGCCUGCAGCCAAUCAGAGAUAAGGACAUCAAUGCCAGGGAAAGAUGGACCAUUGGGCAUAGGUGUGAGACACUCUCCAGGGCGGGUCUCUUAGGGUGAUGACAAUCAGAUGUACGAUGUCAUUACCUCGGUCACUUUAUUAAGGUUUGGCAUAUCAUGCAAGUUUUCAAUGCAAGCAUAGAAAGGCAUAUCCCCCCCCUUCCCCACCCCCCCCACCCCCCCAGUCUUUAGAAAAACUUGAUCCCUUUGUCGUUAGAACAGAGCGUUUAAUGAUUGCUAAGGCUGAGUCUAAAAGUGAAGUAGAGCUGUACCAGAUUAUGCAGGAACUUACUGUCCUACUUAUAGCAUCAUUCAACUUGAGAUGUGUACUUUUGAAGCAUUUGUGAUAAAUGCACUAGCAGGCAGGUUAUUUCAAAAAUUUAGAAUAGCCUGGUUAAUAUUUCAUAGUUGAUAUGCUGUAAAUUGUAUUAUAUAACAAAAGAACCUUUGUAAAGAGAUAUUCUAUAUUUUGUAAUUAUGUAUCAUUUAAAAGAUCAGCAAUAUGGACCCUUGUGACUCCUGUUAUGCUACAAAAGCAGCCUUGCAUUACUUUAUUAGGUACAACAGUCUGAUAUUUAUUUGCCUUUUUUUUUGUUUUGUUUAUAUGGAUCCUUUUUUUUUCUUUUUUACAUUUUAACAGGCUCUGCUUGUGUGACAACACUACUGCACAAGAUAUGCAAAAGGCUAAUUUCUUAGCAUAGGGGUUCAUGUGUUAAUACAUCACACCAACACCAGUUGCAUAAGGUUAAGCCUCCUUUAAAGGAGUAUUUUUAGAGGCAAGCUUUAAGGAUCCAGGGCUGAAAUUUUAUACGGAUGUGACGACCACAUUUGUUUGCAUAUUUUGUGCAGGUAAUGCACAUGAAUUUCAAAUGCAUAGUGCAUUUACAAUGCUGCUUUUUUAGUUGGUUUCAGAGUCAAACCUUGUUUCCGUCAGCCCCUUCUCUAAUGCCUUUGUGCUGCUGAAAGAUAGAAAUGUGACAGAAGGUGAUAACAGGGAUGAAUUAAUAUAUCUCAUAGCUUGUGCUGGGAUUUUCCAUGACAUGCUUUGUUGAUCAUGGUGGAAUUCCAUUAAACCUUUGUAAUGAAUCUUGGCAAUCACAUCUCAGCCUUCGUGUAGUGUGUGACGGCAGGAGACAUAUGCACACAUCCAAAGGUCAGAAACAGUCGGGUGUAUAUAGUAGGUGGUGGACAGAGGCUGUCCUGCUGUCAGGAUGCUGGAGAGAGGCUAAGCAAUAUGAACCCCCUCCGCCCCCCUUUCUCUCUCAGCCUGCCUGGUUCCUGCUUACAGAAUACCUCGUUAGGCAACGUGACAACAUAUCAUUGUGUAAGCUUACCUGUCUGUCCCACAGUGGAGUCUGUGAAAGAGAUCAAAAAAACUUUGUGUUUUCCCUUCUAAUCAGAUUUACAAAUUGGGCUAGUAGGGAAAAUCAACCCCGGAUGCAGAAAAAAAGGAGCCCACAAAUAUCACAAUGUCAAGAUUCUUUAUUCAUCCACGAUUAUCGAAAUACUGAAAUAAACAAACUGCAGUGGGCUUUUUCAGGCAUUACCAUGGAGGAUUUAAAUUAAGGAUAUUUAGGGUAAACGUGAUCUGUCGUUCAUGAGUGUUUGAUUUGUAGGCGAGUGCGUCCUGUGCUCUAAUUCAACCGAAUACUGUCAUGAAAAUGUAGGUUUUCCAUUUUGUGUGCACAUUGAAAGGGCUCUUUGAAUUGUUUGUGAGUUUAAAAAAAAAAAGUGUGCUAGUCCUUUUUCUGACAACUGUCGUAUAAAAGGGCCGAUGCACAUAACAGGCACAUGUGUACUAUUCGUAGCAAUUACAGUACUGAUGAACUGAAGAUAUGCAUUAUUUUGUAAACACUUUUAAAAGUUGUGUUAAACUAAAGAUGAAAAGAACUUACUUUUACCUCAUGUCAGGGAUUCCUGAGAAAAGAAAAUAAUGAUUUGGUUAGGUCUAUACCAAUGGUAUUUAAAUAUUAGCACAUAGCUGUUUGUCUUUGCACAAGUAACUGUAUAGUGCUUUUGUUUCUCCUUUUUCUAAACAGAUUUGUGUAUUAAGGUGAGACAAUUUUGUACUUUUUGUGACUGUGUGUAUGGUUUAGUGGAAUCUAUAUUUGUCAUUUACAACUCACCUUACAAUGCUGGGAAUGAAAGAGUAUUAAAAAAAUAUUUUCAAGGUGCACAGUUUCUCUGUUCGUGGGUAGGGUUAAAAAAAAAAAAAGUUUACAGAGAAACACAUUGAUUUGAACGUUUCUAUUAGUUUUCUUCAUAUUGUUAUAAUUAUAAUUACUAUUGCUACUAUUAAUGUUCUGAAAGCUGUAUUAAAAUAGAAGAUAAUGUUAAAUAUGUACAAAAGUAUGGAAAGACCCAUGGUAAUGUUCUCUACUUGAAAGUCUUGAUAUUUGCUCCUUAAUGUUUUUAUUCAGUAAACAUCAUUUCUCUUAGUAGCAAAUGCUUUACUAUUUACCUUCUAGGUUUUGUAUCAAUACAUUUUUUGUAUUUUUCAUUUGAUUUGGGCCUUGACUUUAUUUGAAUCGAUACUAAUCGAUACUAUUUAUUUUCUAUUGACCAUUGAAUAAAUUUAUGCUAAAUUACU